UUCAUGUACCAUUCAAAUUCAUUCUAUGUCUCUUCAACAGUAAAACUCACCAACUUUUCACCCAUACACUCAUUAAUCAUUAUGUACCUUACUAUAUUCAAUAUAUCUAUCUAGCUACACUCGCUGCAACAACCCUCUUCAUUCUGUUAAUCUUCUUUACACAUAAAUAACAACUCAACUACUGCACCAGUUUCGUCUUACUAACUUUUUCUAUGUCAAGCAAGCUCUUUGUUUAGAUUUAAGAGUCCAAAUAUGAAUGAAUAUUGGAAGAGAAGUGGACAAAUACCAGCUUUUGGAAACUGGGAUAUUGCAAACGAGUUGCCAAUAACUCAAUACUUUGAAAAUGCAAGACAAGCUGGUUUGAUUCAUUACAGUUCUUCCUCUGGUGAAACUGAUCUUCAUGCGGUUGAUCAUAAGAAAUCAGUUGGAAAGGUGAUGAGAAUAAGGGAUAGAAGAUAUACUAAUGAUGCUAUGGUUAAUGACAAGUUAGAAACUACAGUGAGAAAACAGGUGAAAGUGUACGAUGUUACGGAACAUCCUAGGAAACAAACAAUGAACAAGAAGAAAGUUUUACAUGUAAACGACGUCGUUCGUCCAAAACCAGUUGAUGAAGAUCUCUACAAGAUUUCUCCUGAGGUUCUUCGCACAACCAAACGGAAAAAAAUGUUGGGUUUCAUUUCCAAGUGUCUGGUGCCUACAGCCUGUGUUUCAUGACCAAUUAUGCUGGCCUAGCUAUGUUGGGGUGGUUUUCUUGUGCACUCAGAUGCUAGAUCACUUUACAUUGUAUGAUAUGAUUGAAUGAAUUAAUAUAGUACUUAUUGCUUUCUAAAGUUCAAUUACUUAGCCUUAAUUUUCCUUAUGGUCCAUCGACAAUGAUUGAACAUUUUAUAUUGAAUAUGAAUUUUGUACUAAAA